AUGUCAGACUUUUCCCACCUUCUCCGGAGCCUUCUAUCACAGUUGGUCUUGUCCGUUCCCGCUAAGAGCCUCGAUAUUCCCGCUGGCGCCCCACUCCUUGCAAUCACUUUCUUACAAUGCUUUAUCCAAGCAAACUACACGGGCCCGGCAUUAGAGCUCGGCGCAUGCGAAUUUCUCCAGCUUUCGUACGACCCCGCAGUGUUGCAGGCGCAACUGGUGGGUGCGUUGCACAUCGCGGGCCAGCCCGCGUACGACCUCUUGGAUGAGGCGUUAUACUUGGUGCUCGCGUUGGUAAUGUUUGAGAAGCUUUCAGAGGCACCGCUUUCGUUGGUGAACUCCUCUGACCUCACGUCACUUGAAGAGCUCGCUGCAUUCACCGAGGCGCACGCCCACUGCGACCCGACCGCUCCGGUCUUGGCGUCCUUGCAGUGGUGGCGUACCAGGGCGUUGCAGGUGCACAUCUCUGUCCUACCAGAGCCAUCCAGUGCGCUUGCAACGGUCUCACUGAUCCUCUUGAACGCUUCGGUUGCGAACGCGCUUUGCCCGAGCACAGACGCGGCGCCUAGACUCCAGAAGUAUGUGCAGCUCGCGUUCCACUUGGAAGCCGCGCGCUGCGGGAUCCACGCGCGGACCGAGCACUUGGCGGUGCCACUGUUGCGCGCGGCGCGCACGUUGUCGCGCUUCCAGUUUGUGUUGACGGGUGCGAAGGCCAAGCGCACGCAGUACCAGGAGUUUGCACGUGCGGGGUUGGUGAUUCUUGCCGCGAGCGAGGAUGCGCGCGGUUUUUCCGCUGAGUACACGGACGACGCGCCCGAGAGCUUCGCGCUCGGCUCUGACAUGUUGCUCGAGCGCCCGAUCUACGAGGGCGUUGGUGAGGAAAACACCGAGUUGGAACAGGAGCAUAAGAAGCGCAGGGUGGACGGGGUGCGCACCGUGGAAAUAGCUGUGAAGCAAGAACCCUCCGAUGACGAUGAGGAAACCCUCCUUCCUGUGGCGUUGCGUGCGGACAUGAUCCCCGCCGCGUUGCGCGACCUCGACCCGAACCACCCGACCGCGUUGGACGACUACGAUGCUUUGCAGUUGUUGCUCCGCUUGACCACUAUCAGGCAGACCACUCCGGCGAACCACCCGUUGGUGAACGAGGAGUUGCUCGCAUUGGUGAGCCGCGUGUUGUUUGCGCCGGCCAAGUCCGUCAACUGGUCCGUGUACUCGCGCGCGCUCUGGGAGCGCUCCAUGGUAGAGAGCACCAAGGCCAAGACCGUUGAGCGUGGGGUCUUGCAGAUGCAGUCGUUGGUGGAGGAGCUCGGCGCGGCGAUGAAGACGCGCGUGUUCCGCGAUCUCGGAGCGGGCGCGGCAGCCGCAGCCACACGCAUGCAGCACGUGCACCAGCUUCCGCUCAUGCCGCGCUGGGAGAUGGAAGCAAAGCUCGCAGAGAAAUACAUGUCUCUAGGGAUUUUACGCAGUGCCGUUGAGAUUUAUGAACGCCUCCAUAUGGUGUGCGAGGCGGCAUUGUGCUACGCAUCCGUAGGCGACGAGCAGCAGGCCGAGCGCCUUUUGCGCACGCGUGUGGACACACAUCCGAGCGACGCGCGCGCGCUCUCCAUCCUCGGUGACAUCAAGCAGGACCCUGCGUUGUGGCUCCGCGCAUGGGAAGUUGGCCGCUACGCGAACGCCAAGACAGCGUUGGCGCGUUACUGCUUCAGUCCGCCCCGCGGUGUCUCGCGCGACUUGCCCGCUGCUGUCGCGCAUAUGCACGACUCCUUGAAGGUGAACCCGAUUAAUUACGAAUCGUGGUAUUUCUAUGGCUGUCUCGGCUUAGAGACUGAGCAGUACGACCUUGCGGCCGAGGCGUUCACGCGCUGUGUCGCGUUGGACGAGACCAGCGCGUUCGCAUGGUCUAACUUGGCAACCGCGUUGUUGCGCCUCCAGAAGGUGAAACAGGCCUUUGGCGCGUUGAAGAAAGCGAUCAGGGUGAAUGGUGACUCGAACAAGUCGUGGCGUAUUUACGAGAACUAUUUGAUUGUCGCGACGAAGUUGAACGAGUGGGAUGACGUCUUGUUGGCGUCGCGCGAGUUGUUGAGCAUCAAGAACGCCAAGGGCGAGGCAAGCGAUGGCUCUAUAGACAUUCCUAUUGUUGAAAAGUUGGCCGAGCUUUUGGUCUCACAGCCGUACCAGGAGUUGGAUAGACCGUCGCACUACCAGACGUCGUGCAUUGACUUCAUCUGCAACAUCAUCCCGUCAGUGAUUACGUCGUCGGUGCGCUGCUGGCGUGUGGUUGCACGCGUUGAGCUCUGGCGCGGCAAGCCAUGGGCCGCGUUGGAGUGCCAUGAGAAGGCAUAUCGUGCGAUCUCGAACAACCCGGAUUUGGCCACGAACGAGGAGGUGUGGAACGAGGCGGUUGAGUGUUGCGGUGACUUGGUUUCGGCGUACGAGAACUUUGGGGAGCUUCCGGGAAAGCACGGCGCGGGUGAUUUGGUGUGCAAGGACUGGAAGUACAAGUCACGCACCACGGUGCGUUCGUUGAUGUCACGCGGGCGCGCGACAUGGGAGGACUCCGAGGGCUGGGAGAGAUUGGCGGGGAUGAAGGCAGACUUAGCGUAG